AUGAAGUUCCGAAACACUCUAGCACUUUUCAUUCUCUCUGUCCUUUCAUUCUCAGUAUCAUGGACAACUGCAAAAACAGUUGACAUUGAUGGCUUUCUCCAAUGCCUCACAAAAUAUUCUCAUGCCCACCCAAUCCAAGAAGCAAUUUACACCCCUCAAAAUGCCUCAUUUCAAUCUGUUUUGUUAUUGCAUAUCAAUAACCGCAGAUACUCGACAUCCACAACUCCAAAACCUUUGGCCAUAAUAACUGCCAAGAAUGAGUCCCAUGUCCAAGCAACUGUGCUUUGUGCCAAACAUCACGGAUUGCAAGUUAAAAUCCGAAGUGGUGGCCAUGAUUUCGAGGGUUUAUCUUACACGUCGGAUAUCCCUUUUGUCAUUCUCGACAUGUUUAAUAUUAACUCCAUUGAUGUUAAUCUUGCGGAUAAAACCGCUUGGGUUCACUCUGGAGCUACUCUUGGAGAAGUUUAUUAUGCAAUUGGUACAAAAACCAACGUUUACGGGUUUCCUGCCGGGCUUUGUCCAACGGUUGGUGCUGGAGGCCACAUCAGCGGUGGUGGUUAUGGGGUUAUGAUGAGAAAAUACGGGCUUAGCGUUGAUAAUGUGGUGGAUGCUAAGAUAGUUACUGUGAAGGGUCAAAUCCUUGAUAGAAAGUCAAUGGGAGAAGACCUGUUUUGGGCCAUCAGAGGAGGUGGUGGAGCUAGCUUCGGAGUCAUUCUUUCAUGGAAGCUCCAGCUGGUUCCAGUUCCAGCCAAAGUGACUGUGUUCAACGUUACAAAGACCAUAGAGGAAGGUGCUACAGAUCUUGUUUAUAAGUGGCAAACUGUUGCACCUGAGCUGCCCAAAGAUCUCUUCCUGAGAGCAAUGCCCCAAGUGAAGAAUAUUGAUACCAAGGGAAACAAGACCGUGGCAGUAUCAUUCAUUGGCCAGUUUUUGGGACAAAGUGACGAGGUUGUUGCAUUGCUGAAUGAGCGUUUCCCUGAAUUGGGUUUACAACGAACAGACUGCCAUGAAGUGAGGUGGGUGGAAGCCACUGUAUUUUGGGCUGAGAAUCCUAUUGGAACUCCGAUAGAUGUUCUUCUCGACAAGCCAACUGAACCAGCAACCUUCUACAAAGGCAAGGCAGACUAUAUGAAGGAACCACUUCCAAAAUAUGUUAUAGAAGCUUUAUGGAAGAAGAUGAUUGAGAUAGAGAAUAUUUGGGUGGAUAUGAACCCUUACGGUGGAAGGAUGAGUGAGAUUCCUGAGUCUGCAACGCCAUACCCUCACAGAGCUGGAAACCUAUUUUUUGCUCUAUACUAUAGCUCAUGGUAUGAUGAAGGGACUGAGACCACUGACAAGUACGUUCGCUUAACAAGAGAGUUGUAUGACAUGAUGACUCCAUAUGUCUCCAAGAGUCCAAGAGAGGCCUUCCAAAACUAUAGGGAUCUCGACAUUGGUGCCAAUCAGGAUAAUCAUACUAGCUUUGAAGUUGCUACAAUUUAUGGAAGGAAGUACUUUAAAGGUAAUUUGGCUCGGUUGAUACGGGUGAAAACCGCGAUUGAUCCUCAUAAUUUUUUCAGGCACAAACAAAGUAUCCCACCUCUUUAG